UGUGUGACCCUUUCUGUUAUUUGGUUUGGGCUUGUGAGACAAUGUGCUAGGUCAGUUUUCCAAGUCUGCAAACCAGCUAGUUCCGGCUAAAUUGUUUCCGCAGUCUAAACUAGAAGCGCGCAGAAAAUAAAAAGUUAGGACCAUCUUUCUUUAUGGUUUAUAGAUAUACACUCAGGAUCAGAGCAGAUGUCUCACAAAGCACAUUGCAGGAUUUCCAGUGAACAGAUGGAGAAAGAGCUCUGCUGACACUCAUUCUUUGAACCCUUGUUGUAAUCUAAUUAUUCCAUGUUGUGUAAUCCUUGAGCGACUCACCAGUGCACCACUAUGGCACAUGAAGCUCAGAAAAAAGCAAACUUUUCAACACUUGCUGGACAUGCCAAUGGUCUCACAAAGCCUUCAGCCUUGAUCUCUAAGCCUACAGCUUCCAAAAAAUUAAUCAUUAAAAAUUUUAAAGAUAAACCAAAACUGCCUGACAGCUACACUCAGGACACAUGGCAAAAGCUCCAGGAGGCAGUGAAUGCCAUAGAAAGUAGCACAUCUAUAAAAUACAACCUGGAGGAGUUAUACCAGGCUGUAGAAAAUUUAUGCUCCUAUAAAGUUUCUCAUAACCUUUACAAACAACUUCGUCAAGUAUGUGAAGAACAUAUGAAAGCUCAAAUAGAUCAGUUCAGGGAAGAAUCUCUAGACAGCUUUUUAUUUUUAAAAAAGGUUAACAGAUGUUGGAAGGAUCACUGCAGACAAAUGAUCAUGAUCAGAAGUAUUUUUUUAUUUUUGGAUCGUACUUAUGUCCUUCAGAACUCAAUGCUUCCAUCAAUAUGGGAUAUGGGAUUGGAACUCUUUCGCAGCCAUGUUAUUAGUGAUAGAAUGGUUCAGAACAAAACAAUUGAUGGGAUCCUGAAGCUAAUUGAGCAAGAACGGUCUGGGGAGGCUGUAGAUCGGAGCUUGUUGAGAAGUUUAUUGGGCAUGUUGUCUGACUUACAAGUCUACAAAGAGUCAUUUGAGGCAAAAUUUUUGGAGGAAACAAAAUGUUUGUAUGCUGCUGAAGGCCAAAGACUCAUGCAAGAAAGAGAGGUACCUGAAUAUCUUCAUCAUGUGAACAGGCGUUUAGAAGAAGAGGUAGACAGAGUUAUAACAUAUUUGGACCAUGGGACACAUAAACCACUGAUUGCUUGUGUGGAAAAACAGCUUCUAGGCGAGCAUUUAACUGCUAUUUUGCAAAAAGGUCUCAAGAAUAUGCUUGAUGAAAACCGAGACCUAGAAUUGACUUUAAUGUAUCAACUCUUUAGUCGGGUAAAAGAUGGUAAGAUGAUACUACUACAGCACUGGGGUGAAUACAUUAAGAAUUUUGGAAGUGGAUUAGUUGUUAAUCCUGAAAAAGACAAAGACAUGGUUCAGGAGCUCCUGGAUUUCAAGGAUAAAGUAGAUCACAUAAUAGAAGUUUGCUUCCAGAAGAAUGAGAAGUUUGUUAAUACUAUGAAAGAAUCAUUUGAAACUUUUAUCAACAGAAGAGCAAACAAGCCAGCAGAACUCAUAGCCAAAUAUGUGGAUUCCAAGUUACGCUCUGGAAAUAAAGAAGCAACAGAUGAAGAACUGGAGAGACUUCUGGAUAAAAUAAUGAUCAUAUUUCGAUUCAUCCAUGGCAAAGAUGUUUUUGAAGCCUUUUACAAAAAAGAUUUGGCUAAAAGACUGCUGGUUGGGAAAAGUGCCUCUGUUGAUUCUGAGAAGUCAAUGCUUUCUAAACUUAAACACGAAUGUGGUGCUGCAUUUACCAGUAAGCUCGAGGGGAUGUUUAAAGAUAUGGAACUGUCCAAAGAUGUAAUGGUUCAGUUUAAGCAGCACAUGCAAAACCACAGUGACCCAGGCAACAUAGACUUGACCGUGAAUAUACUGACAAUGGGAUACUGGCCAUCCUAUACCCCAAUGGAUGUCCAUUUACCAGCAGAGAUGGUGAAACUUCAGGAAAUAUUUAAGACAUUUUAUUUAGGAAAACACAGUGGCAGAAGAUUACAGUGGCAGUCAACACUUGGGCAUGCUGUUCUGAAGGCUGAUUUUAAAGAAGAGAAAAAAGAACUGCAAGUGUCUCUCUUUCAGACCUUGGUGCUUCUCUUGUUUAAUAAGGGAGAAGAAUUUGGCUUUGAAGAAAUUAAAAUUACAACUGGAAUUGAGGAUAAUGAACUGAGAAGAACACUUCAGUCCCUUGCUUGUGGUAAAGCCAGAGUUUUAAAUAAAUCGCCAAAGAGUAAAGAUGUGGAGGAUGGAGACAAGUUUUACUUUAAUGCUGACUUUAAGCACAAACUAUACAGAAUCAAAAUAAACCAAAUACAAAUGAAAGAAACUGUAGAAGAACAAGUUAAUACAACAGAGAGGGUGUUCCAAGACCGGCAGUACCAGAUUGAUGCAGCUAUUGUGCGCAUAAUGAAGAUGAGAAAAACCCUUACUCAUAAUCUUUUGGUCUCCGAGCUUUACAAUCAGCUGAAAUUCCCUGUAAAGCCAGGAGACUUGAAGAAAAGAAUUGAAUCCCUCAUAGACAGAGACUACAUGGAAAGGGACAAAGACAAUUCAAAACAGUACCAUUAUUUGGCAUGAACAUCAACCCUGGACUUUAUUAGAGAACAAAGCUGCACCAGUCGCAAUAAAGAACCAGCGUUCAAUUUCUCUCUAGCGUGACAAGAAAAUAUCUUUAUGCCCCUUCCCCAAUGCACCUUAGGAAAUUUGAAUUGGUUUUCUUUAUCAUAUAUUCUUGUUUGUGUGACUGCAUAGAAUGGAUUGUUGCUAGUUUAAUGGCACAAAUAUAUUGCAUUUUGUUUUCA